CCUCAUUCGAUGCUCGGACAUGUAGGAGGUUAAACGACAGCCAUUUUAGAAACCCUAACCCUCACUGCGAUUCGAUUAAAAAUCCUCGAGCGCGGCAGCCCAUUUAAGAUUUUUGUAUUUUCAAUCAGUUUUCGAUAAUUUGCUAUCGAUUGAUUAAAUAAAGAGAACAGUUUUCCUUUAAUAUCCUUUACAAUAUUGGAGGUUUGGAUUUCAGUCACCAAGCAUAUAUCUGGUGAAUUAAGCAAUGUCUCGGUGCUUUCCUUACCUGCCUCCGGGCUGCCUUACCGAAUCGAUCAAGCUCCAAGGGGAGAGUUUCGAGAAGGGAAAGCAUGAAGGGAGAAAGAGGGGGGAGAAGAAAGAAAGAAGGAAGCAUAGGAAAGGAAACAGUGAGGAAAGAAGUCGUGUUGCUGAUAAGUUCCAUCUAGAGGACAAAAGGUUCCUUCCAAAGGAAAGAGGAGAAGAAGAUGAAAAGAGCGAUCUUACUGAGGAAGAUAAGCAACCUCUGUCCUCUCAGAGCCUUUGCUACCUGUCUGAUGGUGGCAAAACUCAUGGUACCAUCAUUCGGAUUCAGUUGCCAUUGAGAAGGCAUAGAGGGCACGAUGCACCUGUUAAUGGAGCAGGGUUGUGCUCUUCUCUGGGAACAACGGAUUCUGUUCCUCAAAAGAAUAAAAUUGUUGAAACUUCUUUGAGAUCAUAUGAUAAGGAGAUGCGGACAGCAGAAUCACUUUACCAAGAUUUGAUUGCGAAUUUGGAGGAAUCAUUUCAGUUUGAGCUGAACAAUCUUGUUGAUCAGGAAUGGCUUUUUGGGAAAACAAAGCAAGACAGGCAUGGAUACAAAAGAUUGAAAGUGUGCCAUGAUGUCUCGUGCCAUGCUGAUUCUACUACGAGGCUGUGUGCGCAAUACUUACCCGAGGCAGAUGUUUAUGGAUUACCUUAUACAAUUCCAUUUUAAUUUUGAGGAAAAUAUUAAGCAUAGUCAAGAACUUGUAAGAAGUUCGUGGUGCCUAGUGUUUUUUUGUUGAGGUGUCCAUGAAUGAGCCUGAUGGGGCAGUAUUUAGAGUCGAUGCAGGAAUUGCUAAUUUGAGACAAUAGGAGUUGGAAGCUGAGAUAGCCGCUGUCAUUUACUCGUAUUUCAUUUACAUCUGAUACAAUUUUCCUUCUUUUCUUUUUACGUUGUUGUGUUCAUUUUUAUUCAACCAUCUUAUAAAAUUCAUUAUUUUGC